AUGAAUCAUUCAAAUGCGAGAAAGCUAAGUAAUUUAUUCAAGAUAAAUGUAUCCUCUUCUAAUGCCUCACAGCGAUUUCCUGAGAAAAAGUUCUUCAAAUCGAACCAAGAGGACGUUGGUGUUGUCGAGCGAUUAUGCAGAGCUAAGAGAUUUGGUGAAGCGAUUGAUGUUUUGUGUGGGAAGAAUCUUUUGGGAGAAGCUUUUCAACUCCUGGGUCGAGCAAAAAAGCCACUUGCUUCUACUUACUGCAAUCUCAUCCAAAUCUGCAGCCAAAAACGAGAGCUUGAAGAAGGUAGAAAGGUCCACGAACACAUUAAGAACUCUGGGUUCGUACCUGGAGUCGUUAUAUGUAACCGUCUUCUCCGAAUGUAUGCGAAAUGUGGCAGCUUGGUUGAUGCACGGAAGGUGUUCGACGAAAUGCCGAAGAGAGAUGUGUGUUCUUGGAAUGUAAUGGUGAAUGGUUACGCGGAGGUGGGUUUGCUUGAUGAAGCGAGGAAGGUGUUUGACGAAAUGCCUGAAAGAGAUAGCUAUUCGUGGACGGCUAUGGUUACCGGAUAUGCUAAGAAAGAUCAGCCUGAAGAGGCGUUGCUGCUGUAUAGUCUGAUGCAAAAGGCACCGAAUUCGAAAGCUAACAUCUUUACGGUUUCGAGCGCGGUAGCUGCUGCUGCUGCGAUUCCGUGUAUCCGUAGAGGGAAAGAGAUUCAUGCGCAUGUUGUGCGAGCUGGUUUGGAUUCAGAUGAGGUGUUGUGGAGUUCGUUGAUGGAUAUGUAUGGGAAAUGUGGAUGUGUUGAUGAAGCGAGAAGCAUCUUUGAUAAGAUCGUUGAGAAAGAUGUUGUCUCGUGGACGUCGAUGAUUGAUAGGUAUUUCAAGUGUCGGAGAUGGAGAGAAGGGUUUGCUUUGUUUUCUGAGCUGGUUGGUUCUUGUGAACGUCCCAAUGAGUACACUUUUGCUGGAGUUUUGAAUGCUUGCACUGAUCUCACAACAGAGGAGGUAGGGAAGCAAGUUCAUGGAUACAUAACGAGAAUUGGGUAUGAUCCUUACUCUUUUGCGUCAAGCUCUCUUGUAGACAUGUACACGAAAUGUGGAAACAUGGAGAGCGCGAAGCGAGUCUUCGAUGGAUGUCCUAAACCGGAUUUGUUUUCUUGGACUUCUUUGAUCGGUGGGUAUGCUCAGAACGGAGAGCCUGACAAAGCCUUGGAAUACUUCGAUUUGCUACUUAAAUCUGGCACUAAACCUGAUCGUAUCACCUUUGUAAGUGUCCUCUCUGCUUGUACUCAUGCGGGAUUGGUGGAAAAAGCACUUGAGUACUUCCAUUCGAUAACAGAGAAGCACGGCUUAUCGCAUACAGAUGAUCACUACACUUGUCUUGUUGAUCUAUUAGCUCGUUCUGGAAGAUUUGAACAGUUGAGAAGCAUCGUUAGUGAAAUGCCGAUGAAACCGAGUAAGUUUCUGUGGGCUUCGGUGCUUGGUGGAUGCAGCAUUCACGGAAACGUUGAGCUAGCAGAGGAAGCAGCUCAAGAACUGUUCAAGAUAGAACCUGAAAAUCCGGUGACUUACGUUACAAUGGCUAACAUCUAUGCUGCAGCAGGAAAAUGGGAGGAAGAAGGAAGAAUGAGGAAGAGAAUGCGAGAACUCGGAGUCACCAAGAGGCCAGGCUCAAGCUGGACCGAGGUGAAGCGGAAACGGCAUGUAUUUGUAGCAGGGGAUACUUCGCAUCCAAUGUAUGAUCAAAUAGUUGAGUUCUUGAGUGAAUUGAGGAAGAAGAUGAAAGAAGAAGGGUAUGUUCCUGCUACGAGUCUUGUGUUGCAUGACGUAGAAGAUGAGCAGAAAGAAGAGAAUCUUGUGUACCAUAGCGAGAAGCUCGCUGUUGCGUUUGCGAUUUUAUCUACACCAGAAGGUACAGCGAUUAAGGUGUUUAAGAACUUGAGGUCUUGUGUGGACUGUCACAGUGCUAUUAAGUUCAUAUCGAAGAUCACAAAGAGGAAGAUUACGGUUAGAGACUCUGCUCGGUUUCAUUGCUUUGAGAAUGGACAUUGUUCUUGUAGAGACUAUUGGUAA